AUGGUGGCGCGGCGGGAGAUUGACACCUCCAAAUCAUCAGAGGAUGAACUGCUAGAUGCCCCAUACACCAUCUCAGAAACAUGGUCCCUUAAUACACCCCAGUCUACAGAAGACCUCGACACCCCAGCCACCAAUGGGGACAUACUGGAGCUGAUGAAAAACAUAAGGGCAUUCUUCAACUCUGACCUCAAUGUGGUUAGGGAAGAAAUAACGGCAGUGACAGCCAGGAUUUAA